GCCAACCUGGGUACAAAUGCUGUGACGCCUCAACAGACCGUGCUGAUGAACGGGCAACAGCAGCUGUUGUCUCCAUCGUCUGCUACUGUUCCCCCCUCCCCUUCCCCUGCCACCCUCCAGGCCAAUGCGUCACCUAACAAGUUUGUUGUCACCUCCGACUACAUACAACAAUCCAUCAAGAAUGCACUGAAACAAGAGAACUUGAACCCCGAGAUCGAGGAGAAGCUGCUGCAACUACAGAGGUACCAGCAGGAGAAGCAGGUGAAGAAGGAGGGAGUCGCGCCAGUCAGUCCUGCUCCAUCACCCGUUGCGCCAACCCCGCCCGCUAAACCUGCACCGGCCAGGAAGCGGCCUUCGGCACCGGCUCACGAUAGUACGGAAGGGGAGACUCCUAAGAAGAAAGUGCAGAGGGUAGAACAUAAGGAGGGCAAAAGUGAGAGAAGCAGUGGUGGAGGCAAGGGUGGCAGGUCAGGGAAGCUGCAAGAAGAGAAGAAGCGGCAACAGAUACAGACCAAACUGCAGGUCCUCUUGUUCAGGCAUAAAGAGUUACUGAAGAAAGACAUUCUGAAAAAGAGGGCUUUGCUGGAGAAAGAUCUGCAAAUCCAAAUACAGUCGUCUUUGCAGCAAGAACUGACUUUGGAGCUGGCGGCACGCACCAAGGUUGAGCGCAACAAGCAAGAUGACACUCCGCCUGGCCGAACUGAGCGCACAACAACAGGCAGUGCGAAACGGAAGAGUGCACCGGUCCAUGCGCCCCGGCGCAAGAACAACAAGGCUCCAUCCGCCGUUCCACCAUCCUCCAAGCCAUCCAACAAGAAGGAAAAACUGUUGUGCCUGUGUCGAACGCCAUAUGAUGACACCAAGUUCUACGUUGGGUGUGACCUGUGCAACAACUGGUUCCACGGCGACUGUGUAGGCAUCACCGAGGACAUGAGCAAGACACUGACGGAGUUUGUCUGCACAGAGUGUCGACACGCACGUGACACCCAGGAGCUCUACUGCCUCUGCAAGCAGCCCUACGACGAGUCUCAGUUCUACAUCUGCUGCGACCGUUGUCAGGACUGGUUCCACGGCCGCUGUGUAGGCAUCCUGCAGUCGGAAGCGGACAACAUCGAUGAGUAUGUCUGCCCCAACUGUCAGCGCAACUCCUCCAUCAACUUCGCCAACAUGAAGAAUCUCAACACAAAGGAUUUUGAGGCUCUCCGGAAACUCAUCAAGCAGCUGCAAAGCCACAAAAGUGCCUGGCCAUUCAUGGAACCCGUUGAUCCCACCGAAGCUCCAGAUUACUACAAAGUCAUCAAGGAACCUAUGGAUCUUCAAACAAUCGAGUUAAGGAUAACGGACCGGCAGUAUAAGAAGCUGAGUGAGUUCAUAGGUGACAUGACCAAGAUAUUCGACAACUGCCGAUACUACAAUCCGAGAGAAUCACCGUUCUUCAAGUGUGCCGAGUCCCUAGAAGCGUAUUUUGUGCAGAAAGUGAAAGGUUUGCGAGACAAGCUGGUGGACAACAAGUAGUGGAUUUGAACUUGUGUUCGGGAGGAAGGUCUGUUUGAAUCGAUCUCAUAAAGUUUUGUUUAUUAUAUUCGCCUCAAGACCUCAGCCACCAACGGUAUAAAAUCAAUGUUUAUUUUGUUCUAACAACCUGUUACAAAUUUAUGCCAUAUACUUUUGUAUGUUUAGUGCUGUUGUCGGUUAGCCGGUUGUGAUUAAAUUUCAAAUACCACCAAAAUCAAAUGUGGAAAUUUAAUUUGAUUAUUUACCAAAAUUGGAAACGAUUGCCUUAUAUAGAUUUGUAGAUGGUGUGUAAGUAGGAUGGAGCGGUGGUCUCGCAGAGUCGGCUCUUUGGACAACAAAUUUGUAAAGUGAUACAGGGUUUCUGUAUGUAUAUAGCCACAUGUACAAAUGUAAUAUAGAAUAAAUUAUUUCUAGAUCCGUAUUGACUCCUAGAGUGUUAAGUGUACAUACAGAGCAUAAUGUGACUCGUGAUUAACAUGGUUCUUUGCAUGGUCGAUGAGAAUAAUAUCUUAAAAGAGCUACCACUUGUGAUAAUUAUAUAAUUUUUAUUUUCUAUUUGAGAAACAAUAAAAUUCCAGUGGAAGUCUUUAUUGUUUAUAUUUGUAUUAAGAAAACAAUAGGAAUGAAUAGUUUAUUUUGGA